AUGGUCAGAAAUUACAAGAAAAAGGGAACUAGGACUGGAGAGGUGGACGAACAGGCAAUGUUAAAAGCUAUAGAUGAAGUUUUGGAAAACAAACUCUCUUUACGGAAAUCAGCAACCAAAUAUGGAGUUAAUGCACAAACACUACAAAGCCGUAUCAAAAAAUUACGCAAAACACAAGAUCUCGGUGGCGAACAUCGUGUAUUCGAAUCUAAAUUUGCAUCGCAGCAAGUUUUUACAAAAACAGAAGAGGAUCUUUUAAAUAAAUAUAUCUUAGAGUGUUCUAAGAUGCACUAUGGACUGACAUGUAUCCAAGUUAAAAAACUUGCAUAUGAAUUUGCUAAGGCCAAUAAAAUUAAAUAUCCUGCAAGUUGGGAUAAUAAUAAGACGGCGGGAGCAGAUUGUGCUUAUGAAAAAACCGGAAUAUGGCCUUUUAAUAAGUUGAUUUUCAAUGACGAUGACUUUGCGCCGGUUCAGGUGUAUCAUUCUAAUCCGGCAACAAAUCCUAAUGAAAGCGCAGGUGGUGAGGAGCUUGGAAUACCUAGUGAUGAGCUUAAUACAGUUAGUGGUGAACUUUGUAAUGUUCUUGCUCGAACAUCACCGAAUUUAUCCGGAGAUAUCUCGCCGUCACUGCUUUCACAACAUCUUGAAUUAACAGUAAUAGAUUUUGAUAACCCUGCACCAUCUACUUCCAAUGUAUUGAAGACGCCAGAAAUGAUAAGGCCUUUCCCAAAAGUUCAAAGACGCACACAAACAAGAAAAGGUCGAUCACUUGGAAAAUCAAGAAUUUAUACGGACACGCCUGAGAAGACUAGAAUUGAAGAAUUGGAAAAAAUAAAAGAGGUAAAGAGAUUAGAAAAAGAACGGAAAAGUAAAGCAAGAGAAUUGAAGAGAGCGUUGAGUUUAUUAAAUGAAGAUUAUGACAGAUCAAGUAAACCAAAAAGAAAUAAAACCAAAGAGCUUGAAACAGUUAGUAGCGACAGUGAAACAAAUAUCAGCCUAAGAGAAAGUUCUGCUUCACCUUUUGACGUGUUUGAAGAAAACGAAGAAGAAGAUGAUCAUCAAGAGCCUGUUGACCCUGAAAAUGUCAAGGAUGGUGCUUAUGUGCUUGUGAAAUUUGAAAAAAAGAAGUCUGUGAUCUACUACGUCGGACAAAUAAUCAAACACUACAGUUUGACAGAAGUAAUGGUUUCGUUUUUGAGGAAGAAACCAGGAUCGUCUAUGAAAUUUGUAUUUCCAGACGUCAAAGAUGAAUCAUGA